CGUGUACCCUGCAUCCCAUUGCAAUCCUAUGAUGAACCGGAGAUGUGGGCUUACGGGAACGGUAGGUCGCGUCGCCGGUUUUGAGGAUGCAUUAAGUAGCUAAGGACGCUACCUUGGCUUUGGUCUUAAGGAAGCUUGUCUCUUUGAAGAUUUUUGCUCAAGCUUUUUCUUCUCUUGUUGAUCAUCAUCGCAAUUUAUCCAUUGCAGCCAUUGAUCGCGAGAGCCAGCAUCGCUACCAAUGUUUUCAUCUCUGCAGAAGCGCUUAUAUCGCGCUGGCGCACCAGCCGCCGAGGGAAGUGCAGUGGUACCUAGCGAACUCAACAUCAUCACCGCGGAGAAUGUCACCGAGCACGAGGCAAAGCUGCCCUCAGAGGUCAUCGACCAGGUCCUCAACGACGACAAGCCUAACGACGCAGCGCAAUACGGUGUCGUUGUCGCGGAAGCAAUUACGUUAUCCUGGAACAAAAAGUCCCUUGCUGCAGCCUACGUCCUCAUGUUCCUGCUCUAUUUUGUCAACGCGUUCCAAUCCUCGAUCACUAGUAAUCUGACGGCGUUUGUGACUAGCGGAUUUGAAGAACAUUCCUUGAUACCGGUGAUCUAUGUUGUGUCUAGCUGCAUGGGUGCUGCAGUUUACAUGCCUCUUGCGAAGAUCUUGAACCUUUUCGAUCGUGUGAUCGGCUUCUCAGUCAUGGUCGUGUUUGCAGUGUUAGGUCUCGUACUAUCUGCGACCUGCACGAAUAUUGCAACUUACUGUGCAUCUCAAGUGUUCUAUACGGUCGGUUUUACCGGCAUGACCUUCUGCGUGGACGUUAUCACUAUCGAUACAUCUACACUACUUGAUCGAGGUCUUGCAUAUGCAUUUACCUCUUCGCCUUAUAUGAUCACAGCUUUCGCCGGUUCGGCGGCUUCGGAGCAUUUCUAUGACUUCAACUGGCGCUGGGCUUUCGGGUGCUUCGCCAUUGUGCUUCCCGUGGUCGCACUGCCUAUGGUCGGGCUUUUGCAAUUCAAUAAACGAGUAGCAGCCAAGAAAGGCAUUCUGCCAGAGAAGAAAUCCAGUGGCAGAACUUUUAUGCAGAGUCUCGUUCACUACCUAAUCGAGUUUGACAUACUGGGUACCUUUCUUCUCGCAGCUGGUCUCGUUAUUUUCCUUCUGCCUUUCACACUUGCAGGGGCCGCCGAAGAUGACUGGAAGAGCGCUCAUAUUAUCGUGAUGCUGGUUGUCGGUAUCUGCACACUCCUCGCGUUCGUUGCUGUCGAGCGUUGGGUCGCGCCUGUGCCAUUUCUCCCAUGGCAGAUCCUGACAUCACGCACAGUACUUGGUGCUUGCUUGCUAGACGCAACGUACCAGAUUGCGUACUACUGCUGGAACGAUUACUACACAUCCUACUUGCAGGUCGUUUUUGGGGUGAGCAUCUCGGUUGCCGGGUACAUCAACAGCACUUUCGAUGUGGUCUCCGGUGUCUGGCUGCUAGUUGUUGGUCUGUUGAUCAAAAGAUCGGGACGAUUCCGUUGGCUGCUUUACUUCUCCGUGCCUUUAUAUAUUCUCGGUGCAGGUCUCAUGAUCUACUUCAGAAAGCCCAAUUGGUCGGUUGGAUACUCUAUCAUGUGUCAAAUAUUCAUUGCUAUCGGCGGCGGCACCAUGAUUAUCGUCCAACAAGUGGCUGUGCUCGCUGCAGCCGAUCACAACAACGCUGCCACGGCUCUGGCUUUCCUUGGCGUCUUCGGUAAUGCAGGCGGCGGCGUCGGAAGCAGCAUUUCAGGAGCGAUCUGGACCCACGUCAUGCCCGCCGCUCUGCAAAGGCGCUUGGCUGGAACGUCCGCCGCAGCGGACUGGGAAUCUAUCUAUGAAGAUCUCGACACUCAACUGAGCUAUCCAAGAGGCUCACCUGAGCGAACUGCGAUUGAGCUUGCGUAUGCCGAUGCACAGAGUAAGAUGUUGAUUGCUGGCACUUGUAUCAUGAGUCUGUCGCUCAUCUGGAUGUUUGUCAUGCGCGACAUCAAGUUAACCAAGAACGUUCAGACUAAGGGCGUGCUUUUCUGACACCGUAGCUGUUGUUUGCUAUUGAAGAGAAUAGUACAGAGGGUUCAACAGGAGGAAUACUGAAUGCCAUCUAAUCUUUUGAGCCGGCUAAACUUGCCAUUUUAUCGUUCAAAGCUGUAAUCUCUACACAUUGUGCCAACAACUAUUUUCUUCGACUCG